AUGGCUUCUUUAGAUUUUCUGCUAUACAUUCCUGUCUCCACUGUUACCAUUCUUGUAAAUAUUUUUUUAAUCUUCUGUAUGUGCUUUCAAGAGCAAGGGACAGAGCAUCUGAAACAACCUCUUAAUGUUUUACUGGGAACACUUGUUGGGUGCAACAUCACUUUUCAUGUCUGUAUUUUUCUGUUCAGCAUUGUUAAUCGCUAUUCAGGUUUUUUGGUUUAUGUUGUUAUAGAAGAAAUACUCUUUUUAACUAUGAAGACCAGUGCAACCUCAUCCCUUUGGCUGAAUGUCUUCUACUACUAUCAGAUUGUUCCUGCUCAGUACUCUGUCUUCAUCUAUUUGAAGAGAAACAUCCGAUUGUCCAUAUACUCUUUUAUGAUAGCAGAGAAAAUUUUCUUCCUCUUUGGAUUCUCUGAAAAUAUUGCAUUUUGUGCAUUUUUUGAUCAGCUGUAUAACAGCGAAUUCUUCACAACACAAUGGAAUGAAACAUCGGCAAAACUUGACAGACUGUAUGAUUGUAUAUUGGUAGACACGUGGUUAAGGUGUGGAUACUUAUUGCUCUGUCUUUGUGUGAUGUUGACAUCAAGCUGUGCGACUAUUCUUUACCUGCGGAAACACGUGAAGAGCAUAGAGGGAAGCAGCAGCUCCUUUUCAUCUCCUCGCCUCCAGAGACAGAUGAGAGUGACACUCACAGGCAUCAUUCAGACUUUCCUUUUCUUCCUUUGCUUAGUCUGGAUGAUAGUGAGAGAAUUGUUUGAAUUGUUGGGUAAUCAAAAUAUUGAUUUUUAUAGCUAUAUUGGUUGCACUGUAGUCUGUUUAUAUUCUUUUGGAACAACCAUUAACUUGUGUGUUGGCCAGACAAUAUUUCGUAAUCGUGUUUUUAAAGUUUGGCAAAAGUGCCGUCAAACUGUUACUUUGUUAUCUAACUGA